AUGGCAUCAUAUAACAUCUCUUCUGCCACAUUCUCUGAGUUCCUCCUCAUCUGCUUUCCUGGCUACCAGAGUUGGCAACAUUGGCUUUCCCUGCCCCUGAGUCUGCUCUUCCUCCUGGCUAUGGGGGCCAAUGCCACCCUCCUAAUUACCAUCCUGCUGGAGGCCUCUCUGCAUGAGCCCAUGUACUACCUGCUCAGCCUUCUCUCCCUCCUGGAUAUUGUGCUCUGUCUCACUGUGAUCCCCAAGGUCCUGGCUAUCUUCUGGUUCGAUCUCAAAGCCAUCAGUUUCUCUGCCUGUUUCCUCCAGAUGUUUGUAAUGAACAGUUUUCUGACCAUGGAAUCCUGCACCUUCAUGGUCAUGGCUUAUGACCGUUAUGUGGCCAUCUGUCACCUGCGAUAUCCAUCCAUCAUCACUGACCACUUUGUGGCCAAGGCAGCUGUUUUUGUCAUAGCUCGUAAUGCUCUUUUCCUCCCAGUCCCAAUCCUAUCUGCCCGAUUACAAUACUGUGCAAGAAACAUCAUUAAGAAUUGCAUCUGUACUAAUCUCUCUGUUUCCACUCUUUCUUGUAAUGACAUCACUUUAAACCGGCUCUAUCAGUUAGUAGCUGGUUGGACCCUGCUGGGCUCUGACCUCAUCCUAAUCAUCUUCUCCUAUACCUUUAUCCUUCGGGCUGUGCUGAAGAUCAAGGCUGAGGCUGCAGCCAAAGCCCUAAGUACAUGUGUCCACUUCAUCCUCAUCCUCUUCUUCAGCACCAUCUUACUGGUUCUAAUUAUCACCAAUGUGGAGAAGAGAAUCCCUCCAGAUGUUCCCAUUCUGCUCAAUAUCUUGCAUCACCUUAUACCCCCAGCCAUGAACCCCAUCGUCUAUGGUGUGAGAACCAAGGAAAUCAAGCAGGGGAUCCAAAAGUUACUGAGGAGACUGCUAGGUAGGUGCAUAAGGUGCUAA